AUGGAAAUCUCUUACAAGGACUUCAAGGUAGGAAAAUGUGAGGGCCAGAAAGUGGUGGAUGGUGAAACCAUGCCACUAGUGCUGCAACCCCCGGAACCCAACAAGAGUGACACAGAGUCAUUAAUCUCAGCUCUAAAGCAGAACAAGGACUGGUUUGAGCAAAUGCUCAUAAAAAACAGUGCUGUUCUGCUUCGAGGUUUUGAUGUGAAGAAUGCUGAGGACUUCAAUGAUAUUAUUGAGGCCUUUGGCUGGGAUGACAUUCGUUACAUAGGGCCUGCGCCACGGACACAAGUGUACAAACGCAUAUGGACUGCCAAUGAGGGACCCCUGUCGGAAUUCAUAUACUACCACCAUGAAAUGGUUUUGAUAAAAGAAUCUCCGAAGAAAGUGGUGCUUUUCUGUGAAAUACCCCCACCAGAAGGUGGACAGACACCCUUUGUUCCAAGCUUUAGAGUUACAGAAAGGAUGCUAGAAGAGUUCCCUGAAGCAGUGGAAGAAGUUGAGGCAAAAGGACUGAAGUACACUUUCACAGCUCUUAGCAAAGACGAUACAUCAUCGAUGAGAGGUAGAGGUUGGGAGGAUGCUUUCGGAACAUCAGACAAGGCAGAGGCUGAGAGAAGGGCUAAGGCUCUAGGGAUGGACAUGGAGUGGCUGCCUAAUGGAGGAGUGAAGACAAUACUGGGUCCUCGAUCAUUAACGAAAGUGUUUGAUGGAAGAAAAGGGAGGAGAAUGUGGUUCAACACAGUCGUUGGCAUGCAUGGUAAGGAGUCCAGCUCGGCUAUGUUAGCAGAUGGAACAGAGAUACCAGAAAAUUUUGUGAAAAGGUGUGGGCAAAUCAUUGAAGAAGAGAGCAUCCAAUUCAAGUGGGAAAAGGGUGAUGUCCUUUUCCUUGAUAACAUGGCUUUGCUUCAUGGAAGGAGGCCAUCUUUGCCACCUAGAAAAGUCCUUGUUGCUACUUGCAAGUAGCUUCAGCAUAGCUGCUAGCUAUAAUAAUUGUGUGGUGUGCUAAAAUACUACUGCAAAAUC